AUGGAGUGGUUCCUAAGGCUCUGGAUUUUGUUUCUCUUAUUUGCUGGUACCUGUGCACAAAAUAUUUCAGUGUCUGUGUCAUGUGGCAGUUCACACUUGGUCAUCUCGGUUCCAGUGGAUCUCUUUGGGAAUGGUGUACCUGUUCAUGCUAAUGAACUGACUCUGGGGUCAGGCUGUUCUGUGACUGCAGUACGCCAGAAUACACUAUUGCUGGAAUACCCUCUGUCUGCUUGUGAGGCCACCAGAAAACUUCUCCAAAACAGUAUCCAUUAUGGAAACGUUCUUCACUACAUCCCUUCAGCCACAAAUGGAGUGAUCCGGACCAGUCGCUUCUCCCAUUCCAUAGACUGUUUCUAUCCCAGGUCUGGGAAUGUCUCCUCACUUGGAAUUCAACCCACUUGGUUCCCCUUCAGCUCCACCCUGAUGGACAGACAGCGCCUGGACUUUGUCCUUGAAGUUUAUGAUAGUACCUGGUCACGGCCCAUCUCCACCCCCCUUUACUAUCUCGGGGACCUAAUCAACAUCCAAGCAUCUGUUAGAAAGGGUAGCCAUGUACCUCUGAGGGUAUAUGUGGAUGAGUGUGUUGCCCGACCAAGUGCUGAGUCCUCUGUGAAAUAUGAAGUCAUCACAAACCAUGGGUGCCUUGUAGAUGGACAGCACAGUCACUCCCACUUCCUUGCCGCUCCAGCAGCUGAAACCCUCCGCUUCCAACUGGACACCUUCACCUUCAUUGGAGCCUCUGAUCAGAUCUACCUCAUAUGUCACUUAAAGGCUGUGCCCACUGACUCCACAGACCAUCACAACAAGGCAUGUUCCUAUGACCGCACUACUGCAACAUGGAGCUCUCAUGAAGGAGGGGACUGUUCCUGCUGUGAUUCAUCUACUGGCUGUGGAAGCAAGAGGAGGAAGAGGGGAAAGCAACAGAGACAAGGGCUGUUUGGAGAUGCAGACCUCAAGAUUGGCCCCAUCACCUUGGAAGCCCAGGAGGUGAACUCAUCUAUGAUGUAUACUUCCAGCAACUUUGAGCUGAUGAAUGUAGCAGAACUGCUGUCAACAGACAGGACUCCUCAUGCUACUGUAUUACCUCAUCAUAACCAAUUUGUGAAUACGAUAAUGAGGGGGGAAGUGAAAGAAGAUGCUUCCUCAGGUUUAUACUUUCCCUUCUCUACAACUACCCUGGUCAUAGCAGUUGCCUGUUCCUUCAUUAUAUUUGUGUCCAUCCUGGGCUGCUAUUUCUCUACCAGACGGGCCCAAAGAGGAUACCACAUGGAGGUUGUCAGUGAAGCCCUGGGAGAGAUUGGUGCUGUAACUAUGGCACCUGCCUCUGUUGGAACGUCUAGAAAAGCUGGUGUGAUCGUAGCUGCAGCUAGUCGGCAGGGGCAGCCUGCUUCUGUCUGA